GCGCGUCAAACAUACGCGCAUCCAAUACUUAAGUGGUAGGUAAGGAGCAGCUAGGUUAUGUUUACGAAAAAUAUAUCAACAAACAAAUGUUGAAUAGAAGCAGCUGUAUUUUCUAUGUUGUUUUGUGAGAAAAUCACUAGAACCAGCGCAUUGAUUGAAACUGAAUCAGUGCAAUAAAUUUGGGAUUUGCAGAGGGGCGGGACAUAAAGAUAAGUUGCGUUUCAAGGUUUACACCCGAUUUCUUGAAAAAUUCAAUAUUUAUCAGCCAACAUUCCACAAAGCGGUAAUAACCCGAUGUAAAAUUCUGGCUAUUAAAUCAUUUAAUUUCCGAUAAGAACCUAAGGUAAAUGACUGAAUCCCAGUGAGCACCGAUGAUAAUCUUUCAUAUAGUAUCAGGCAGUUGCUCGUCUAGAUAUUUAUACGAAUUCACUGUCUUAUUCACAUUCAAUUAAAUAAAAGUCUGGCAGAAUGGCAUUCCGAAUAACCGUGGAGGUUCCUGCCUUUCUCACCUUUGUAGCGUUUCUAAUCGCAGACAGCGUCAAUACCAACCUGAUGAUCUAUCGCACGUGCUACGUAACGUUGGGAUAUGAUAAGCACAAUUGCUCCCUGCUGGGCAUCAGCAAUGCGACCCGGAAACUGGAACAAUUGGUGCAACCGCACGCCGACAUCAUCAUAAUGACAAAAACGCUGAUCGAUCAAAUAACAGCCGCGAUUCUUUGUCUGUUUGUUGGCCCCUGGAGCGACACCUUCGGCCGGAAGCCGAUCCUCGCGCUAAAUCUUGCUGGUUACACGGCGAUGAGUUUGGUGAUGGUGGUUUUCUCAGCCGUCGAAACAGCGUCGCCCUGGUUUAUGAUGACUUGUUCGAUUCCUGUCAUUCUGACAGGAGGCGGGGCCACGUUGCUAACAGUUUUUUUGGCAUACUUGACGGACAUUACUUCGGAGAGCGAGCGGGGGUUUAGAAUGGGAGUUUUGGAGGUAACACUGGCAGCUGCGGUGCUGAUCGGGUCGGCCUCCAGCUCCUACGUAUUCAGCGCUACCGGCUACAUGGCAGUUUAUGGAAUAGGCGCCGCCCUCUGCUUCCUAGCCCUCCUGUACACAGUGUUUCUCCUGCCGGAGUCGUUGCAAGAACCGGAAACUGCUGGUCGACUCAAGGGGUUGUUCCGCGGCCGCAACCUGUCUGGAAUGUUCUGGACGAGCUUCAAGAACAGACCACAAUACAACAGGGCCAUUCUGCUCUCGUUGGUGCUGGCGCUGGCCCUUUUCUUCGUCAUAGUAGCGGGCGAUGGCAGCGUUAUGUUUUUGUUUAUGCGCGAAAAGUUCCACUGGACACUCAGACAGUACACCUGGUACAAUACGGCCAGUAAUUUGAUGUUCAUUUCCAGCACAUGCUUUGUGGUCUACAUCGUCCAUCACAAGUUGCACGUGAAGGAAUCGUGGAUAGUUUUUCUCGGGUUUAUCAGCCUGACCGCAGGCGCUCUGAUCCAAGGCUUGGCUCAGGUAGACUGGCUGAUCUACGCAGCUGCCGUGGUGAAACUGCCCAGCGGCGGUCUGAGCCCGAUGACUAGAUCGCUGUUGUCCAAGCUGGUGGACAGCGCGGAGGCCGGGAAGAUCUUUGCCCUCAUUACGGUGAUUCAAAACGCUUUGGGUCUCAUCGGAUCUCCCAUUUACAUCAAUCUGUACAACGCCACCCUGAGCACGAAUCCGAGCGUGUUCAACUAUUUAACAUCCGGCAUUUUGGCAGCGAGCGCUGGAUUACUUUUGGGCGUGUUGGUGCUUCAAAGACGAACCAGCAGGGAAGAUUAUUCGCGCUUGGAGGCAGAAAGUGCGCCUUCCGACCACCCCAUUGAUUCCAGCGAUCGAUUGGUGAACUGAUCAAUGCAGGUGAACUAUCGGAUGAUUUUUUUUUAAUUUAAAUACACACAGUUUGUUGAA